ACCGUCGUCAUCCGUCAGCCUGCGAUCCGCUCGCCGGUGACGCGUCGUGACGUCACGCGGAGGCUGCAGGAGGACGCCGCCGCCUCCGUCCGCGCGCAGCUCCCUCCGCCCGUCUCCUCGCGCCGUCUCUGCGGGCGUCGCGCUGCGCAUCGCCGGGCAGGAUGGAGCGAGCGGGAGCGUACGGCGCCGCGAAGGCCGGCGGCGUCGCCUUCGAUCCCGUCGCCUUCUUCACUCACCCGCGGACCAUCCUCAGGCUGAUGUCGUGGGUUUUCUCCAUAGUGGUGUUCGGCUGCAUCAUCAACGAGGGCUACAUCAACAUCGGCAGCGAGCGUUUGCUGUGCGUCUUCAACAACAACGCCGACGCCUGUAACUAUGGCGUCACCGUGGGCGUGGCCUGUUUCCUGGGAAGCAUCUUUUUCCUGAUCCUGGACAUUUAUUUCCCGUCCAUCAGCAGCGUCAAGGACAGGAGACGGGCUGUAAUGCUGGACCUCGCCUUCUCUGGUCUCGCGAGCUUCCUGUGGUUCGUUGGAUUCUGUUUUCUGGCCAAUCAGUGGCAGGCGACCUCGCCAGACGAGCUGCCGUUGGCCCAAGGCUCAGACGCCGCGAGAGCCACCAUCACCUUCUGCUUCUUCUCCAUCCUGACCUGGGUUGUGCUGACGCUGAGUGCACUGCGCCUCUUCUUAACGGGCAGCAACAGAAACUUGUUCACAUGGCAACACAUGGAUCCUCCCCUCGGCAGUGCCGAGCGACGGCCGUACCCCAUCGCCAACGGGGCCACCAUCGUGACCACCAACCCCUACCAAGCGCCCCCCUUCACUGAAACCCUGGACCCCCAGAAGCUCACGCAGCAGAGACCCGUGGCUCCUGUCCUCUAGAGACGGACGGAAAACGGGUGUUGUGCUGAGAGACGCCGCGGCCGACGCGGGCACAGAUGUCCAGAUGUCCUGCCUCGCUGAUUAGUGGCCGUCAAUCCUCUCCCGGGAUUGGCGGGCUUUUUGGGUCAUGUGUGAUCUGUCUUCACUGUGACAACUGCUGGCUCAGCUUAGUUAGAAACUCUCUGUGUCAAAAAUGGUCUUUUUCUGCACACGCACACACUCCCACAUACACACACACGUGUACACAUACGUGUAUGCACAAACACAUUGAUGCACGCAAACACAGCUGUACUGCAAACACACCUGGACAUAUACGUGUACAAUUGAAAACACACAAACACGUAUACACACACACACACACACACACACGCACCCUGACUGCAUGAUCGUAUGGACAGAUGCAGAAGAACAUAGAUGUAGAUCUGUGACGACGCUCCAUCUGCCCUAUGAAGCGAUGCAAGGUAUUUAGUGAAGGGAACAUGGAGGACAGUGAAGUGUUGGUUGCCCCCGGUGAGGCGGACCAGGUACAAGCUGCUCUGCAGAAACGAGGCCUCCGACCAGGCGACGCUGAGACUGACAGGCGGCUUCACCGAGCGACCGCCAGGGAAGUGGCGCAGUGUGGGCAGAGGUUUCUAUUGGCAAGAAAACAAAGGCAGGACAGCUGGAUGCAUUCUGAAUGCUGUAGUGUUUCUGUGUGAAAUAUUUAUGUGGUUUAAUAUUUUAUUGUGAUAUGAUGAAAUGGUUCAGUGAAAUAUAAAAAAAAUAAAAUCCCCCCCACCACCACUA